AUGUUCAGAUUAAUAAACCCAAUUAGAUUAAACAGUAAAAGUAUUAGAUAUUAUACCACAUCCAACAGUGAACCAUUAGUAUUAUUAGAAAAUCAUUUAGUUGAUGGAAAAUAUACAGGUAUCAAGAUUUUAAAAUUAAAUAAACCAAAAGCAUUAAAUGCAUUAAGUUUCGAAAUGGGUGAGGAUUUCAAAAAAUCCGUUGCUUCAUUAGAAAAUGAUAAAUCAUUAAAAUGCUUAGUUUUAACUGGUGCCGAUAAAGCAUUUAGUGCUGGUGGUGAUUUAAAUUUUUUAAUGGAUAGAGCUAGAGACCAACCAAUUAACAAUCAAAUCAUUAUGGAAAAAUUUUAUAGAACAUUUUUAUGUAUUAGAAAUAUACCAGUACCAAUUAUUUCAGCAAUUAAUGGUCAUGCCAUUGGUGCUGGUUUUUGUUUAGCUUUAGCCACCGAUAUCAGAGUUUCAAGUAAUAAAGCACAACUUGGUCUUACCUUUACUAGUUUGGGUAUUCACCCAGGUAUGGGUUGCACUCAUUUCUUACCACGUAUUGCAGGUAGUCAAGUUUCUUCACGUAUGAUUCUUACAGCUGAUGUUGUUUUGGGUGAUGAGGCUAAGCAAUUAGGUUUAGUUGCUGAAUCAGUUGAUCCAGAUCAAGUUUUACCAGUAGCAUUAAAAAUAGCUGAAAAAAUUUCAAAUAACUCUGCAAUCUCAGUGCAAACUGCCACUAGAACCCUUAGAAAUAUGCAAGAUGUUGGUUUAGAGACUUCAUUAACUCGUGAAGCUUCAGCUCAAUCUCAAUGUUAUGCUCAUCCAGAUAUCCUUGAAGGUAUUGCCGCUAUUAAAGAAAAGAGAAAACCAAAUCAUAAUGAAUUAUUAAAAUAAAUAAAAAAAACAAUACUAAUGUAGUAAUAAU